ACGCUUGGCAACGCUUGGCCAUGGCUUCAUGGCUGCCUAACCGGGAGAAAAUGUGGGCUAUUUUUGAGACAGAGAUGGUUUAUAGGUUGCAGCAACCUGGAAUAUGGAACGUCACUGUAUUUUACGGACACAGUCAUUGUUGUGACUGUUGCCAGGAGUUCAGGCUUCGAUAUCGCGGUGCGGCCGAAACAUGGAGUCAAGAAUGAUAGCAACGACAAUACUUUUCUUAUGUCCACGCCAUAUGCUGGCUGACCGCUCGUUUGCAG